AUGAUCUCCAGAGCCGCCAAGGCCCGCGGUGUCUGCCUUCCAUGCCAACUGAGGCGCCUCGCCGGCUCGCAGCCCAGGGCACCGCCGAGAAUCAGCGCCCACCCCCUUCGCAUCGCCUCAGCUCGCCAGCUGCGUCUCUACAGUUCCGAAACCCCCUGGGAGCGCCUCGAAUCAGCCAAAGACGUUCUCGAGAAGAAGACGAAACCGGCGAGGCCUCCUUCCAAAGACGAUGCCUUGGCGUGGACCGUCGAGGCUGACAGCGAGGCCGACAGCGAAGCCGCACAAGACAGUCUCGCCAAUACCACUGUGACGCGGCCCCCCUCGAAAGACGACUCGCUGGAAUGGCUCGACCAGCUUGAGCCCUCUGGGCCUGAAGAGUACCUCGAACCAGAGUACCUCGAACCAGAGUCCGACCGCCGCCGAGAACCAAGACGGCGCACGGCGCGCGGCGCCUCUGCCAACUACACACCCCGAGACGUCGACGCCGCGCCAGACGGCCGGCCUCCGCAGCCAGGCGAAACAAAGGAGAGGGUCCAUCACGGACGCAUCGGCCACCGCCGCGUCACGCUGCAGCCCGAGGCGCUGGACGUCGAGAUUCUCGGCCAGAGGGCGCACACCAUUGUCAUGCGGGACAACCUGCGACCGAAGCCGCGGCGCGCCAUCGAGGAGGCCGCCGAGGAGGCCGCAAUGACCGAAGAGGAGGCCGACGCCGCCAUGCGCGCCAGGGUCGACGCCCUCAUGGACAGGGCGUCGCCGGACGAGGCCCUCGCCAACAUGGAGGAGCUGCGCCCGCAGACGCGCCUGCUGUCGGCCAACGAGUUCUGGGCGCUGCACGACGUGCUCUGCGAGGGCUUCACCAGCGCCCAGCUGGCCCAUUACGUGCGCGCCAACAAGAGGACGGCGCCGCUGGCACGGGGCUCUUCGUCGGCGGCGGACGUACGGCCGCCCCGGUCUUGGAUGGCACGUCCCUAUGCCCUGCGGCCUGUCGAGGACCUGCAGCUGCCCGCCGGCGCCUCGGUCAAGUCCCGUGCCGUCUUUACGCUCAUGCGGACGACGUGGAUGCUGGACAUAUGGGAGCGCGUCGAGGCUCUCAACGAGGUCGACAUCGUCUUCAAGGACCCCUCCGUGGCUGCCGCUCUGCACACCGGCCACGAGGGUCUCGAUCGCAUCGGCCGUCUGAGGCGCGAGCUCCUCCAGGCCGGCGAGUCGCUGACCUUUGGAGACGCUUCGGCGCAGCUGCGCAUCGUCGCGAGACGGGCGGCGGCCGAGGCCAUCAUUGACAGCAUCGACGGCCUCGUCGCGGCCGUCUCGACCGAAUCCUUUGUGCUGUGCCCGCCCCGGUCUGCCAAGACGGACGCCGGUGCCACCUUGAGGGACACUCUGCACGAGCUGGGACGCCUGACCAAGACGACGCUCGUGCUGGAGGACUCUGGACUGGUACGCGUCAAGUGGAUCAAGUCACAAAACGAUCUGGAGCUGGGUGGACACCAUCUCGAGCACAUGGGCCACAUUCUCUGGCGCCUCUUGUACACGGCGCACGCUCAGACGCCCUCGACCGCCCUCCUCGCCCAAGACUUCAUCUCCGCCAGCGGCGUCCUGAACCCCGUGGCCAACGCCGAGGACCGAUGGCCGUGGAAGAACAGACUCGGCGACUGGUCGCGCUGGAUCCUGCCGGUGACCCGUGAUGCCGACGCCCUCGUCAGCACGCAGGCCCUGGUCGAUCGCCUGCCCACCAUGAUCGAGCGCGCCACGCCCGAGCCUGAGACGAGCAGCGACCCAAACACGCCAUGGAGUGCCUUUGAGCAGAACGUCUCGACGACCUUUGGCCAUGUCCUCUUCGACCACGACAACGGAACGCUCGACGUCAAGAACCUCCAGACCCAGGAUGACGGAGUGGCCGUGCUUGCACCCGCCAAGGACGGCGUGUCCCGACAGCGCAUCUUCUCCGCCGUCGUGCCGAGCCCCGCCGGCCUCGCCGCUCUCAACAAUCUAGCGCCUGCGACCCCUGCGUCGACCACCAUGAUCCUCCGCUUCGCCACGAGCCCAGCCUCGACAGGCGCGCGAUACCUUUUCGACCCCGCCGACGGCGCGACGCAGAUCCACGCAUCCACUGCUCCGGCCUCCCAUCUCGAGAUUCAUGUCGCCGUGCCGGACGAGCUCCCCGCCGAUGGCCGCCUCACCUGGGACGCCAGCCCGACGAAACACGUCCGCGCCAUCUCCAACGAAUCUCUCAUCGACGUGCCCCUGCCAGACCGCCCCGUCGACCUGCGCCUCGCCACGACGUCCGUCUCGUCGCUCAUUGAUGUCGACGCCGUGCCGGCGCUGCGCGCCUUCAUCGACGCCUCCCAUCUCGACCUCGUCUCCGGCAACCUCCGCACGCCGCCACGCCUGUUCAUCCCCGAGGACCAGCUCGCGCCGCUCGCGCAGUCGUCUGCCGAGGGCCGCGACGCCCCAAGCAGCCGCACCGGCCGCAAGCCCAAGGCCGCGGACGACGUGUUUGCGCACCGCAGCGGGUGCAGGACGUUUGAGUUUCUCGGCCUCGAGGUGCGCCGCGCCGUCGAGCUCGACUACGAGGGACACAAGCUCCGAUACGCCAGCGUCGAGGCUGGUCUGCACGGCGGACGGCGCGCUGAGCUGGCGCUCGACAUGGGCUUGCUUGGGAAGGGCGGCGACGAGGCGGAGCACAGGGCGCGCUAUGUUGGGUUGGCGCGACGGCUUGCUGACGGGGAGCUUGUGACGUGGGCGCAGGGGGGGCGGGCUGUGGGCGAGACGGAGCUGGGGCUUGGGGACGAGCUGGUUCUGACCGGGCCUGUGGAGCACGAAGCAGAGCAGCCGGUUUUGGAGGAGAGAGUUUCAGAGGACGCAGAGGAGUCGACUCUUGGUGAGAGACUUGCAGACCAUGAAGCGGAGGAGCCGCUGGGAGAGCGGCAGCAAGACGGCGAGCGGCAGGUGGCGCACGAAACGGAGCAUGCCAGGGAGCAUGUUCCCCGGUAG